UCUUCUAAUGAGCUGCUUCCUGAUUGGUUCUUCUAAUGAGCUGCUUCCUGAUUGGUUCUCUCUAACGAGCUGCUUCCUGAUUGGUUCUUCUAAUGAGCUGCUUCCUGAUUGGUUCUCCUGUUCCAGGUAUGAUGAUCCGUCCUAAAGGCGACCAGCUGGAGAUCAGGUACUCCAUGUCGGACCCAGAGAGCUGGAACGGCUUCGUCCAGAACCUCAAUGCCUUCCUGAGCUCCUACAACGACAGCCACCAGGUGCAGCUGAACGAUGAUUGCCCACCUGAUCAGUAUUUCAUCCAGGAGGACAGUGGAGAGGUGAGGAACAAUCCCAAACGCUCCUGUCAGUUCAACCGCACCAUGCUGGGAGACUGCUCAGGGUUGGAGGACCGUUUCUAUGGUUACAGCAAAGCCCAGCCCUGCAUCCUGAUCAAACUGAACCGGGUGAUUGGGAUGUUACCUGGGAAGGAUGGACAAUCUCCUUAUGUCACCUGUGGAGCCAAGAAGGAGGACAGAGAGAAGACGGGACCUCUGGCCUAUUUCCCUGUUAACGCAACCUUUAACCUCAUGUACUAUCCGUACUACGGGAAGAAAGCUCAGGUGAACUACACCCAGCCCCUGGUGGCCGUGAAGUUCCUGAACGCCUCUCUGAACACCGACAUCAACGUGGAGUGUAAGGUGACGUCCAACACGCUGCUGGCCGGCAGCGAACGAGACAAAUUCGCCGGACGGGUUUCCUUCAAGCUGAGGAUCGACGGCCAGGAAGCUCAGUGAUGCAUUCACUGACCAAAUACAGAAUCACUUCACACAUUAGUGGUUCAUUGAUUUUAUUCUUCUCUUGGAAACCCAACCUGAGUCACUCAU